AUGCUAAAUAAGCACCUAGUGAAGGAGGCGCGGCACAUGAGGCGGGCGAAAAUUGUGGAGCGGCUGCAGGCGCUCCAGUGCUCCGUCUGCGAGUUCCGGCCGCCGGUCAAACGGCUCGGCCGGGAGUCGUCGGUCCGCGCGCGCAUCCGCGACCACGAGCACCGCGCCCACGGCCUGCACGGCGCCCUGCCCAAGGUGGAGUCUGCGGCGCCGGAGGGCGUGGCGGUGGCGCAGGGCGAGCGAUACGCAUGCGACGUGUGCGGCGCCGUCUACGGGUGCAGGCGCGCCCUCGGCAUACACAAGAGGGUGCACAGGGAGCCGGCGCCCGUCGCUGUGACCAUGACGCAGUGCGAGUUCUGCGGCAAGGAGUUCAACAGCACCUACCUGAAGACGCACCAGGAAGCGGUCCACAAGCUUGCAGAUCCCAACACUCUCCUUACGUGCGAGUUCUGUGGAAAACAGUACCACAAGUUUCAGAAAAAGCACUACCUGUCUCACCUACAGGUCAAACACUUCAUGGACAAGGAGUUUAUUUGUUCUGAGCCCCUGUGCGGCCGGACGUUCCUGCACCAGCGCGGCCUGCUGCGCCACGUGCGCAGCUUCCACCAGCAGACGGUGCCGUGCGGCCUCUGCCCGGAGGGGUUCGCCUCGCUCUGGAAGCGGGACAAACACCGCGCCGAGGAGCACGGCCAGUACGACUUCGUCUGCGAGGAGUGCGGGCUCAAGUUCUUCCGGCGGGCGGAGCUGGAGAUCCACACGCGGCGCGUGCACACGCUCCAGCUGCGCUACCAGUGCUCGGCCUGCAGCCACCGCAGCGAGGAGCGCCGCAAGCUGCUCAACCACGAGCACGCGGCGCACGGGCUGCACGUGGCGCCGCUGCCGGCGCACAACCCGGCCGGCCAGCUGGGCUACCCGUGCCCGGCGUGCCGGGCCGUGUACGGCUGCGGCCUGGCCGUCAAACAGCACGCCUGGGAGCAGCACCAGAUCAAGCUGAACAUCUACGGCAGGCCCAAGAACCCGGCCAACAAGCUCGACUUGGCCGCCGCUGCAGCCACCGCGGAUGCUAUCGCACAGAUCACGUGA